AUGGGGCAAUGCCAUUCUAGCCCCACACCUCUAUCCUUGGUUACUGAUAAUUUUAAGGAGGUCAAGAUGUACGCUCAUGACCUCAGUAGACUGCUUUUUACUCAUCAGCCCACCUGGGAUGACUGCCAACAGCUGCUCCAGAUUCUCUUCACCACAGAGAGAGAGAGAAUACAGAAUGAGGCCUGUUAAAAGGGUCCCGGGGCAAAUGGAGAACCCACCAAUACAGAUGAAAUUAACACCUCUUUUCCUCUAUCGCGACCUGACUGGGAUUACAAUACGGCACGAGGUAAGGAGAGGCUCCGGGUCUACCACCAGACUCUUUUGGGGGGGCUUAAGGCAGCUGCAUGGAAACCUACUAACAUAGCUAGAGUGGGAGAUGUUCAGCAGGGCCCCACCGAGAGUCCAGCAGCCUUCCUGGAAAGGCUAAUGGAGGCCUUUAGACAAUACACCCCCAUGGAUCGAAGCACUCGGGCUUCUUUGAUAAUGCAUUUUGUCAACCAGGCGGCUCCCGACACUAGGAAGAAGUUACAAAAACUUGAACGCCUGGGUGAGAAGAGUAUCCGGGAUUUAAUAACAGUAGCAGAAAGAGUCUACAACACCCGAGAAACCCCCGAGGAAAAACAAGCCAAAUUGGGCAGUCGCCAAACCCGUAACAUGGCACGCAUCCUGCUGGCUGCAACAGUUCCUGACUCGGGAGACAGGGAGUGCCAGUUGCACCACCUGGCUGCUGAAGGUAAGAACCGUCCCCGUAUGCAACCAGCAUUAGGAAAAAACCAAUGUGCGUGUUGUAAAGAGGAAGGACAUUGGGCCAAGCAAUGCCCUAAGAAAAAGAAGGGACCACGGAAGACCCCCAUCCUGGCCAUCGAAGAACUGAGCAAUUAGGGAGGACGAGGUUCGGCGCCCCUCCCCAAACCCAGAGUAACCCUAAGAGUGGAGGGGACCCCGAUUGACUUCCUUGUCAAUACAGGGGCUCAAUAUUCAGUUUUGCUAGAGCCCCAGGGAAAACUGGCCAGAAAGACCUCUUGGGUGCAGGGGGCUACUGGAAUGAAACAAUACCAAUGGACUACCCGAAGAUCAGUGUACUUGGGUGUGGGCUGGGUAUCCCACUCUUUCAUGGUCAUUCCGGAAUGCCCCUUCCCGCUGUUGGAAAGAGACCUGUUGACCAAAAUGGGGGCCCAGAUUCACUUCCUCCCGGGGGAAACUAAAAUACUUGACCAGUUGGGCAGACCGAUUCAAGUACUGACAAUUCAAUUAGAAGGUGAAUAUCGGCUGCACCAGAAACCUAUACUGCCUCCGGUAGACAUUCGAAAAUGGCUAGAUGAAUUCCCUGAGGCGUGGGCCGAGAUGGGAACCAGUUUUGCCGAACACCGCCCUCCUGUAUAUGUAGAUCUUAAGCCAGGGGCUGACCCCGUCCAGGUCCGACAAUACCCGAUGACCCUGGAGGCCGACGGGAUCACCCCCCCUAUCCGCAGGCUCCUAGCCCAGAAAAUCUUGAGACCCUGCCAGUCGGCCUGGAACACCCCCUUGCUCCCUGUCAAAAAACCAAAUUCUCGUGACUAUCAGCCAGUGCAGGAUUUACGAGAAGUCAACUGCCGAGUUUUAGAUAUUCACCCUACAGUGCCGAACCCAUACAACCUCCUGAGCUCUCUCCCACCGGACCAUCACUGGUAUACGGUCUUAGAUUUAAAGGAUGCUUUUUUCAGCCUCCCCCUGGCGUCCAUGAGCCAGGACCUUUUUGCCUUUGAAUGGUCUGACCCGGAAGAAGGAAUCAACAGCCAGCUGACCUGGACCCGGCUGCCACAGGGAUUUAAGAAUUCUCCCACCAUCUUCGAUGAGGCCCUCCAUGAGGAUCUGGGUGAGUUCAGACAACACCCCCAACUAACCUUGUUACAAUAUGUAGAUGACCUCUUAAUUGCAGCAAAGAACCAACAGACUUGCCUUAUGGGCACCCGAGAACUAUUGCAGACCCUUGGAAAAUUAGGGUACCAAGCCUCAGCCAAAAAGGCUCAGAUAUGCCAACCAGAGGUCACCUACUUAGGGUAUGUAUUAAAGGAAGGACAGAGAUGGCUGUCAGAGGCACGAAAGGAGACGAUACUCAAAAUCCCUACCCCAGAUUCACCUCGAGGGGUGAGAGAAUUUUUGGGGUCCGCUGGGUUCUGCCGUCUUUGGAUCCCAAAUUAUGUGGAACUGGCUAAACCCUUAUAUGAAGCCACAAAAAGUACCACCCCUUUCAGUUGGACAGAGCAGAUGGAGACCGCUUUCAAGACUAUUAAAAUGGCCCUGCUGUCAGCCCCCGCCCUAGGGUUGCCUGACGUUACAAAACCCUUUCUCCUGUAUGUAGAUGAAAAACAAGGAGUGGCAAAGGGGGUACUGGUGCAACACCUGGGACCUUGGAAGCGGCCGGUGGCUUACUUGUCUAAACGCCUAGACCCCGUGGCAUCAGGCUGGCCCCCAUGCCUCUGCAUGAUUGCAGCAGUGGCCCUAAUGGUCAAGGAUGCAGAUAAACUGACACUGGGGCAAGAGUUGCAUAUCACUGCCCCCCGUGCCAUUGAGGGCGUCCUAAAACAACCCCCAGAUAGGUGGAUCAGCAACGCUCGGCUGACCCACUACCAGGGAUUACUGCUAAACCCCUCCAGAAUCAUCUUUCUGCAGCCUACUGCUCUCAAUCCGGCUACACUGCUUCCUAACCCGGAUUUGGAAGCCCCAAUCCAUGACUGCAGCAACAUACUAGCCCAAGUACAUGGAACGCGAGAGGACUUGCAAGAUCGCUCUCUAGCAGAUGCUGAAGUUACCUGGUAUAUGGAUGGAAGCAGUUUCGUCAGAGAUGGGCUCAGGUAUGCAGGGGCAGCCGUAACCACAGAAACCCAAAUCGUGUGGGCGGAAGCACUACCUCCGGGCACUUCGGCUCAAAGGGCUGAACUAAUCGCCCUAACAAAAGCCCUCCAGUUGGAAAAGGACAAAAAAUUUAACAUCAUUACCGAUAGCCGAUACGCCUUUGCUACUGCCCAUAUACACAGAGCCAUCUACAGAGAGAGAGGCCUCCUCACGGCCGAGGGUAAAAUGAUCAAAAAUAAAGAAGAAAUAAAAACCCUCCUCGCGGCAUUAUGGCUGCCUAAAAAACUAGCCAUAAUACACUGCCCGGGACACCAAAAGUCAGACACCCUGACCUCAAAGGGAAACAAUUUGGCAGACAGAGCAGCCCGAGUUGCAGCCCAGGGCACCGUGAUAGAAGCCACCCUUCAAUUGCCCGACCCCGGGAGCCCUGUUGUGCCAGCUUUACCCAACUACUCACCAAGAGACUUAGACUGGAUAAAAAGUGUGCCUAUGACCCAACAACUGGCCGGGUGGUGGCGGGCAGCGGACAGCUCCCUGAUCCUCCCGGAGGAACUAGGAAAGCAGGUGUUACUGAGGAUGCAUCACGCCACUCACCUGGGAACCCACAAGAUGCAGGACCUGAUUAGACAUGCCAAGAUUACCAUGAGAGACGUCAGAUCGAUGAUAGAAAAUAUCGUAUCAACCUGCAAGGCCUGCCAACUCACCAACGCUGCCCGUCACCCAGCCAACCACGGGUCUAGAGAACACGGGAGUUGGCCAGGAGCAUACUGGGAGGUGGACUUCACUGAGGUAAAACCGGGUAAAUGUGGAUACAAAUAUCUACUGGUAUUCAUAGAUACCUUCUCAGGGUGGGUAGAAGCUUUCCCCACCAAGAGAGAAACAGCACAGGUGGUGGCCAAAAAGCUGAUUGAAGACAUCUUGCCAGGGUUCGGGUUUCCUGCACAGGUGGGGUUGGACAAUGGGCCAGCCUUCGUAUCUCAGGUAAGCCAGGGGGUAGCCCAGGCUUUGGGGGCUAGGUGGAAGUUGCAUUGUGCUUAUAGGCCCCAGAGCUCAGGACAAGUAGAGAGGAUGAAUAGAACACUCAAAGAAACAUUAACAAAACUAGUUGCUGAGACUGGCGGGGACUGGGUGGCUCUCCUCCCCUUUACCCUAUGCCGGGUGCGAAAUUCUCCCUACCAACUGGGACUUACCCCCUUCGAAAUUAUGUAUGGGAUACCCCCCCCCCCAAUAAUUCCUAACCUAAAGAUAGAGGUGCUAAAAGAGAUAGAUGAUCAAAGAUUACUCUUUUGUCUCUGGUCCUUACAAUACUCCCACAGGAACACGUGGAAGAGGCUCAAGGCAUUAUAUGAAUCAGGCCCACCACCUGAACCCCACUGCUACCAGCCAGGAGACUGGGUGUACGUGCGCUGCCAUCAUCAAGAGACCCUAGAGCCCAGGUGGAAAGGGCCCUUCCUAGUUGUCUUGACGACACCCACUACUCUCAAGGUUGAUGGCAUAUCCACUUGGGUUCACUACACCCACGUACGGCCUGCGGACCUGUUCGCCCUAAGGGAAGAAUUCCUCCCCCAAUGGAAGACCAAGCUGGACAAAACAAAUCCACUCAAACUCAAGCUACAAAGAUGA